AUGCGUUUCAGCACCAUCGCCGUCGCCGGCUUUGCCGCCUACUCCCAAGCCGAGAGGGUCAAUGACGAGCGCAGCCUGAGGGAUCUCCUGGGAGAUUGGGAGUACCCCAACGGCAUUGACGCCCUCACUGACGUCUCCCCCACCGCCGCCCCCGAGGCCGGUGACCUUCACGUCUUCCACCCUCCCCACCACGACGUCGUCAUUGACGACUGCGACAACCAGGAGGCCGACGACUGGCACUGGGUGCACCCGGGCACCGAGCACCACGCCGAGGACCACCAGUGGACCACCAGCACCAUCACCGAGACGGCCACCGAGACCGUCGUCGACUGUGAUCCGGAGGAGCCCUGCCACGGCGGCGGCAAGACCCACUACACCACCGUGACCAUCCCCGAGACUGUCACCAUCUGCCCCGUGCCCAUCACUCCGGAGCCCCAGCCCGAGCCCGAGCCGACUGGGGAGCCCGAGCCUGAGCCCGAGCCGACUGGGGAGCCCGAGCCUGAGCCCGAGCCUCCCGUCUACCCCUCGGAAGUUCCCGUCUACCCGUCCGAGGAGCCCGAGCCUGCGCCCGAGCCCACCUACGAGCCUGAGCCGGAGCCCCCCGUCUCCGAGGUUCCCCCUCCUCCCGAAGAGACCGAGCCCGUCCAUCCCCCUCCCGAGGAGCCCGAGCCGGAGCCCCCCGUCUCCGAGGCUCCCCCUCCUCCUGAAGAGACCGAGCCCGUCCAGCCCCCUCCCGAGGAGCCCGAGCCGGAGCCUCCCGUCGAGUCGGAGCCCGUCUACGAGCCCACCGAGGCCCCUCUUCCCGUCCCUCCUCCCGUACCCACCUCCAUCGGCACCGUCACUAUCCCGGCUCCCCCCUCCGAGGAGACGACCAGCUUCAUUCCCGUCCCCACUGCCGGUGCCGGCCAGAACGCCCAGCGUGCGGGCGGUGCCGUUGUCGCCGCUGCCGUUGCCGCUAUGCUCAUCUAGAUUGGGCUGACAAACCAUGCCUACUUCGGCUAACCUGUCCUCGGGGUAUAAUGGACCCCUUCUUGGGGUUUGGGUUUCUCUUCUUUUCAUGGGGGUUGGUUAUAUGCAUCAGGUGUGCAUUUGCCUGGGCAACGGAGAACCGUCUCAACAUAUGAGACUGGUGGUUUCAAGUUCCAAGUGACGCUUCAAGCCUGUCACGAUCGAUUGGUCCAGAUGUAUAAUGUAGUCCGGAAUAGGAUAGAAUAAUGAGGGGCUCAAAUAACCCUCUUGUAUGACCGUUGGCUCGUGCCUUUUUUUUUCUUUUUUUCUUUUUUUUUCUCGUGUC